UCAGACACCAUCACCUCCUCCUCUUCCUCCUCCUCCUCCUCCUCGUCCUCCUCCUCCUCUCCUUCAGUAUACAACAGGAGAGAGAGAGAGAGAGAGAGACCGAGGCAGGCUGUGUGUUCGUGCGUGUGUGUGCGCGUGCCUCAGUGAUCCUAGCAGCUCGCCGCUCAGUGCCGUAGGACGCGUAGGACCCCGCCAGGAGGCCCAGCGUGUCCCAGCAGGAGUAAGGACCCGUAGGACUCCCGUAGGUCACGCCACACACACCCUGGACGGAUUUCAGGACCCGACAGCAUCCUACAAGAUUAUAAAACAGCCUACACUACUAUACAACUGCCUGCAACAGCUUAAUUACAGCCUGCAAGACCUUAAAACCAGUCUGCAGCCCCGUGAUACAGCCCACACCUCGAGAAGAGCCUACACCAGCUUAGAGUAGCCUACAGUAUCUUGAGCACAGCCUACAACAGCCUUUUAGCAAUACAGUACAGCCUGCUCCCUACACCACAUUAAAAGCAGCCAACAACCUUUUAUCAGUUCCCAGCAAGCCCACUGCGACGCUAUAUAAAAGCCUCCACGUUCCAUAGACCUUCAACAGCUUGGAAGAACCUAAAAAGCAACAUUUAGCGGGUUACAAAGCAGCCAAGAACAGCCUUUUAGCAAUACCCCGCAAGCCCGCAGUGGUCCAUUAAAAAUCAGCAGAAACUUCGAACGAGAAACUUUGAAAAAUAAAAAUGGACUGAAAAAAAAAGGGCAUCAAAAGGAAUAUCAGAGGAAAACAAAAGAGUAAAUAGAAAAGGCAAAUACAGAAGACUUAAAAGAAAGGAGAAAAACUUAUCCCGAAGAAAAAGUUUAAAGAGAAAUUUAAGGAAGCGAACGGAACGGCAUCCAACAACUCAACAAACAAACAGAUACACAAACAAGGAGGAGCCGCAAGAAAGAGAAAAAAAAAACUAGUCCAAAAAAAUAAACAAGAUAAGCAAGUGGCAAGAGGAGACUUUGUAAAUAAACUGGAGGAAAAGAAAUAAACAACAAGAACAACAACAACAAUAAAAAAGAAAAAAAAAUCAAGACCUUCCUAUAUUUUUUUCUCAACAUCAAGAAAAGAAAAAAAAAAUGGAAGAAAAAUAAACUAACCAGAAGGAACAACAAAAACAACAACAAAAUUUCUUAAACUAACAUCAAAACCGAUCUAACUCCUCCUCCUCUUCCUCUUCCUCUUCCUCCUCCUCCUCCUCCUCCUCCUCUUACAGUACCAACAAGUCUCAGGAAGGAAGAGUGAGGCUCCCUCAACAUGGCGACGUGGGCAGCCAAGUCCGCGAUCCAGGGUAGUUACUUUAGUAGCGAGAGUGACAGCGCCUCCUGCCUCUCCUCCGCCCCCUCCUCGCGGCCCCCCACGCCCACCACCACCACGCCCACCACGCCCACUCUCCCCUCGCCCUCCACGCCCUCGCCCGACACCACCAUCGAGGAUUGCAUGGAGGACAGCGGCUUCCAGGACUGGAUGGCAGAGAUGCAGCUGGGCGUGACGGGGGACAUGUCGGUGGUGGAGAGGCUGAAUUACCUUCUUGAUACCGGCCAGUUCGCGGACGUCAACAUACGCGUCGGUCAAGGCAACAAUGUAUCGGUGUUCAAGGCUCACCGGCUUCUCCUGGCCACGGCGAGUCAGCCCUUGUAUCGCCUGGUGCAGCAAGCUACCCCCGGCCCCGGCCCCAACGACAUGUCCACCCUCAGGAUCACCGACAUGAAGCCCGUGGACUUUGAGAACAUCUUGAAGUACAUCUACACGGACCAGGUAGCGUGCGAGAACAUCAGCGUGGCCUUCGCACUCCUGAGGGCCAGCCGGAAGUGGGGUCUGGCGGGGCUGGGCAUCAAGUCCCUCACCUACCUGGAAGAGUUCGUCGACCACUUCGAACCCACGACGGAGGACUCGAAGGACAACCUCUUUGACCUCCUGGUGCUAUCGGAGGACACACUGGCCGAGCUCAACGCGAAGUGCUGGCAGAUCCUCUUGAAGAACUCCACCACCGUGAUCCCUUGCAACGGCUACCUGAACCUGGACAAGCCGAUGGUGCAGAAGGUCAUUUGCCACCCUGACCUGAAGAUUGAGGACCAGUUGAAGCUCUUUGAGGCUAUCCGUGACUGGGGACUUCGCUACAUCGAUCAACAAGGCCUCCCGCUCACGGCUCUUGGCACGGCGGUUGAGGAGCUAAUCAAGGCGGUGGAUUUUGAGAAGAUUAGCGAUUCGGACUUCCUGAGCACCGUCCUGACCUCCGAGUGUUUGGGUAAGGCCGAGGUCAUCGCGUUCUUCAUGACCCACGGCCUGGAUAUCCCCCGCAAGCUGGACUUCAACAAUAACAAGCAGCUCCCCUUCUGGCUCACCUUCUGUGCCACGUCAGGCCGCGUCAGGAACAACCGGAGCAAGAACUGUACCAAGCGGCUCUCCUCCUCCUCCUCCUCCACUACCUCCUCCCCCUCCUCCCUCGCCCCCGUCAGCGAAGCUCUCACAAGUAUCUGCUCCCUCACCCAGAACGGCUCGGUGCUGGAGUUCAACAAGGUGUGCCGCUUCAAGAAGGGCUACAGGUGUCCGCCCAAAGAGAUCUACCAGGAGCACGAGUUGAGGUUCCGUGUUGACAAGAACGUGAAGCUGCUUGGUGUGGGCUUCGGGUUCCUGUUCACACCCACGGACAUGGGCCUCAACAUCCACUGCCAGGGCCCGUGGGAGACCAGGCAGUGGACAGACAUCAUACAGUCGUACGUGCGUUUCUCAGGCGAAAAGACAGAGACGGCUGACGUGCGGCUCAUGUUCCUGCACCCGGUGAGGAUAGAGGCCAACCAGAGCUACAAGGUGGUGGUCAAGAUGGUCCGCAUGAGCCACGGCAGCAACGAGGUGGAGCUGUGGGGCGGCACCGGCGGUGUGCACUGCGUGGAGACGGAGGACGCCGAGUUCUCCUUCAUCAAGGCGGCGGUGGACCCCGACAAGCGCGUGGAGGAAGAGGACGGCGACACCAAGCCCGGGGUCAUCACGGAGCUGCUCUACCGCCUGGACACCGGCGACCCCGAGCCCCCGCCCACCACGUCCUACAGGCGCCGCCGUCCCCAGCCCGAGGAGGAGGUCACGUCUCCCCCCGCCGUGCACAGCAACCCCUGGCGCCAGCGCGCGCGGCCUGACUCCCUCCGGAUCCCCGAGAACCCCUACUCCAGGCGGCGCUCCCCGGGCGACGAGGCCAAGACCCCCGAGUCGACCUCCCCCCGGCGGAGGGAGCGGCCCCCCGUGGAGGAGUACAAGCCCACCAGCUUCUCCACCAACCGCUGGGCACGGCCCAAGCCCAAGGAGGAGGUCGAGGAGUACAAGCCCACCAGCUUCUCCACCAAUAGGUGGGCGCGGCCCAAGCCCAAAGAGGAAGCCGAGGAGUACAAGCCCAGCAGUUUCUCCACCAACAGGUGGGCGAGGCCCAAGGAGGACAAGAAGGACACGACGGAGACGCCCACGGAGAGGAAGAGGUCCGCCCCUGAGGAGUACAGACCUUCCAGCUUCUCCACCAACCGCUGGGCGCGGCCUAAGGACAGCAGCACAAGCGGCGCCAACACGGAGACGGAGAGGAAGACGUCCGCCCCGGAGGAGUACAGGCCCAGCAGCUUCUCCACCAACCGCUGGGCGAGGCCGCGGGAGGACGGCAGCGCCGCCAAGACGGAGGCGGAGAGGAAGACCUCCGCCCCGGAUGAGUACAACCCGAGCAGCUUCUCCACCAACCGAUGGAGUACCAAACCCAAAGAGGAGGAGGCCGCCACAGACGCCUCUCGCAAGACCUCCACAGACGCCUCCCGCAAGACCUCCACAGACGCCUCCCGCAAGACCUCCACAGACGCCUCCCGCAAGACCUCCACCGAGGACAGCAGCAGGUGGAGGACGCGGCCGCAGGAGGAGGCCAAGGACACGCCCUUCGGUGCGCGGCGGCGGCCCAGCACCAAGCCGGAGGACACGACCUCCAGCCACCCGUUCGCGCGGCGGCGAGAGUCGCGGGACUCCAACGCUGACGUGCCUUUCUUCCUGCGCAAGACGGACGACAGCAAGCCGCCGACAGCGUCCUACGGCAGGAGCAGCAGGCUGGGCAGCUCCUUUACCACCACCACCGGGCCCUCCUCCUACUCCACCCCCUCCGCCACCACCACCACUUCCACCUCCUCCUCCUCCGCCGCCGACACCAAGCCCGCCGGGGACACUACCUUCCACAGCCGGUUCCUCCGCCCCAGCGGGUCGUCGGCCGCCUCGCCCUACUCGUCGUCCCGCUACGGCUCGGUGCGGGAGUCGUCCCUCUCCCGACUCCGGGACACCUCCCUCCCGCGCUACACCUCCAGCGGCGGCUACCUCAGCAGGUAUGACUCCCCCUCAGACCCCCCCCCUAGCAGGGCCGCCGCCCCGAGCAGCAGCAGCAGCAGUAGGUACGGCAGCGGGGACGCGCGUGCUGCCUCGCCGCACGCCCCCCGCAAGAACCUCCGCUACGGCACCGCCGCCACCAGCUCCGGCAGCAACCUGCUGGCCCUCAGCAGCAGUUCCUUCGGCCUGGGCGGCGGCGGCGGCGGCUCGCAAGGCAGCAGGGCUGUGGACAGGUACGGUGGCGUCAGCAGGUACGACAGCAGCAGCGGCAGGUACGGGUCCACAGCAGGCGGCAGCGGCAGGUACGGCAGCACGUGCGGGCCGAGCAGCGCCACCGCCGGCAGGUACGGCUUGUCCAGCAGCGGCGCCGGUGGCCUGCCGCCCUACAGUGCCAAGGCUACCUCGGGCACUGCAGGCCCCUCAGGCAGGUACUCAUCACGAGGGGCCACGGACACGCUGGGCAGCACGGCCAGGUACGGGGCCUCGGGGACCGCCAGACACGGCAGCGGCAGCGGCGGGACAGCCGCCUACAGCAGGGCGGCGCCGGGCAGCAGGUAUGGCAGCAGCGGGUCCUCCAGCAGGUACACCUCCCCCGCCCCCGCCGGCCCCUCGGGCAGGUAGACACCGGCACCGCCAGACAGGUGACUUGCACCAGCGCGGCCCACCUCUGCUGCUGCCACCACCCACACACACACCCAAGGUCCUGGUGCUUCCCAUACGCGUGGGUCACCGAGACAGUCCCGCCAGCCGCCACACCCAAUCACGCCGCCAACACGUCCAUCUUUGGGGCUUCCGUGAUGGGGCCUCCAAAUCCGUUCGGCUGUCCAUAUACAGCUGGGCCUGAUCUGCGCAUGCGCAGAACCAAAUAUUUGCUUACAAAGUUUGUUGUUAAAGAGAGGCUGUCCAAAAAUAGUCCGGCAAGAUGACAUCAAAAUUCACCCCCGAGCCUUCCCUCCACACUCUCAGGCACACCGCUGGGAGGAACACUGCUGUUGGAGAGAGAUAUCACGACCACUGGAGAAGAGUCACCAUUGGAGGAGUUUCUCAGUCUUAAUGUUUCCACUCGCUUCCUGGUAGUUUGUCUGUCUGUCCGUAGCGCUUGCCCAGGCUCAUCACGACGCCGCGGGAAGGAAGGGCUGAUGCAGAGGUCAAGAGGCGACGCCCGUGAUGACUGAUAGCUAGUGAUGAGUGCUAGAUAGUGAUGAUGAUGAUGAUGAUGAUAACCCUCCUCAGUAUUACAUGUCCUUGUAGCUCGUUGUGUGUGUGUGUGUGUGUGUGUGUGUGUGUGUGCGUGUGUGGUGUCUUUAUCUUAUUGGAGUAUACAUUGUGUGCGUGCGUGUGUGUGUGUGCGUGUGUGUGUGUGUGUGUCUUUACCUUAUUGGAGUAUACAUUGUGUGUGUGUGUGUGUGUGUGUGUGUGUGUGUGUGUGUGUGUGUGUGUGUGUGUAGUCAGGGCGCCCCACUAAGUCCUCCAUAAAGCUGUGAACACCGAAUA